CUAAGGGCAUCUUCGGCAGUUUAGGAAGUAUAUCAGUUCAGAGAAAUAUCCCCCCAUUUGAGAAUCGUCAUUUUAACCAUAAGAUGGAGCUCAUCUCUCUACACUUCUCGCCAUUUAUAACAACAACCGGAACGUUGAAAUCUAGAGAUUGCAAUGCGCUAUCUACACGCAUUUAUCCUCUUGGUUCUAACAAAUCAAAAGAAUCUGCUAGCAGAGUAUUCAGAGUAACUUCUGCACUUGCAGAAACAGCAGUGUCUAUUGCAGUUGCUGCCACAGUUGUGGGUGCUGCAGCAACUAUUCUUGUAAGGAGAACUAAAGCUUCUGAAGCAAUUGAGGCCCCGCCGAAAAUUUGUGAAGACUGCGGUGGCUCUGGAAUUUGUGCAGAAUGCAGAGGGGAAGGAUUUGUGCUAAAAAGGAUGUCUGAUGAAAAUUCUGAGAGAGCAAGACUGAUGGCAAAGAACGCAGCCACAAGAUAUACAGCAGGGCUUCCCAAAAAAUGGAGCUACUGUAUGAAAUGCAACGCGGCUCGCUCCUGCAAUUCAUGUGGCGGCAGUGGGAAGUUGAACUAAUUGUUAAAUUGCCUUAUGAUAUACCAUAUCAUUCAAUUGUGUCAAUAUAGUGGUAAGAAAUUCGAAGAAUAUGUAGGCGGUAAUUCUAUGCAUAUCCUAAUUAUGUAUAGUUUGUCGAUAAUUCUUUUGGAAUAUGGCCUUCUUGUGAUAGUGCUAUAACUUAUCCAUUUUCAAGAUGCUGUUUACAUUUUCUA